AUGAGUAGUUCUACAACAACAACAACAACAGCAUCGACAUCAGAGAUCGUUAGAUUAUAUCAUAAACAAAAGUUAUCAUUGGAAGAUACAAAGGUUCUCUAUGCAAAUGAAGAGUUUCCAGGUCAUUCGGUACCAACCGUUUUAACAGUAGAGGAUGCCUCUAAAGCUGAAGAAUCGACUACACCUCUAAUUGUUGUUUUGGAGAAAGAACAAUCAUUCAACACUGUGGCAGACGGCGAGUUUGCUUAUGAUACCAAGAAGUAUUUCGAUGGUUUGCAUACUCUGUUGUUUGGUCAACAUCUCCUCUAUGCGCCAUUACUCAGUUCCACUCAAACCAUUAUGAUGUCACAACUCACUUUUACCGGUCAAGGUUUGGUGUUGCUCGCCGACCUACAGAAUCACGCCAAGGGUAGAGGUUCCAACCUCUGGUCGUCGCCACCAGGCUGUCUGACAUUCUCAUUCAAAUGCAAGCAGGAAGACGGCACCAAACUUCCUUUCCUCCAAUAUCUGGUCGGUCUCGCCAUGAUCAAGGCAAUCGGCAAGGAGUCGGGAGUCCGUUUGAAAUGGCCAAACGAUAUCUACGCUCCAAACAAACAAAAGAUCGGAGGUAUUCUCUGCCAAUCGAAUCAUCUCAAUGGAAAGUUUGACGUUGUUGUCGGUGUCGGUUUGAACGUUGCCAACGACCAACCCACAUACUCAUUGGAGCAGCUUGCACCCGGACAAUACACACGUGAAACAGUCUUGGCAAAGUUCUUCAAUGAAUUUGAAAACAUGUAUAUUAAAUUCACACAUCACGGUUUUGUUUCGUUCGCGCAGGAGUUCAUGGAUGUCUGGUUGCACACCAACCAAGUUGUUACACUCGCCGAACAGAAUCAAACCGUCAAAGUAAUUGGUUUGUCACCAAAUGGAUUCCUACAAGCUGCACCAUGUGACGGAGAAGGAAAUAUUAAAUCGAAUCAAAUUUUUGAAUUACAUCCAGAUGGAACAUCAUUUGAUUUGGCUCACCUAACCAUUAAAAAGAAACAAUAA